UGGCGUGUCAGAAGCACUUGGUGAGGAAUCAAGGCGGCUUACCAGAGAACAGCUAUUUACAAUGGCUGCAACAGCGAUGAUAAACUUUAGUUCGAUGAUAUGCUACUCAGUCCUGGGACCCUUUUUCCCUUCAGAGGCAGAAAAAAAAGGUGCCAGUAACACCAUUGUUGGCCUGAUUUUUGGAUGUUUUGCUUUGUUCAAUUUCUUGACUUCUUUAAUCUUGGGAAGAUAUCUUACACAUAUUGGAGCAAAAUUCAUGUUUGUGGCAGGGAUGUUUGUUUCAGGGUGUGUGACCAUUCUGUUUGGAAUGCUGGACAAGGUGCCAAGUGGACCAAUGUUCAUUGGUUUCUGCUUUUUAGUAAGAGCAAUGGAUGCAGUAGGUUUUGCAGCAUCAAUGACAGCAUCAUUUUCAAUCCUUGCAAAGGCAUUUCCGAAUAAUAUAGCUACUGUCCUGGGCAGCCUUGAAAUCUUUACAGGACUCGGACUGGUUCUUGGCCCGCCGUUAGGUGGCUUUUUGUAUCAAUCGUUUGGUUAUGAGGUCCCUUUCAUUACACUGGGAUGCGUAGUGUUGGCCUUCGUGCCUGUGAAUAUGUGCAUAUUACCAAAGUAUGAUUCAGUCCCUAGCAAGGACUCAUUUUGGAAGCUCAUUCUUCUGCCGAAAGUCUUACUACUCUGUUUUAUUAUAUUUUCUCUAAGUGCAUGCUUGGGCUUUUUGGAUCCCACAAUGUCUCUAUUUAUCCUAGAGAAGUUCAAACUCCCAGCUGGUUAUGUGGGCUUGGUAUUCCUUGGUUUGGCACUCUCGUAUGCCUUGUCUUCUCCCCUCCUUGGACUCCUAAGUGACAAACGCCCAUACCUCAGGAAGUGGCUGCUGGUAUCGGGAGGCUUAAUGACAGCAGUGUGCUUUUUCAUGUUAGGACCUGCUCCUGUGCUGCACAUUAAAAGUCAGCUGUGGAUGUUUGUGCUAGUGUUGGUUUUGGUUGGCUUUUCCCUUGGCAUGAGUGCUAUUCCAGUGUUUCCAGAGAUACUGCAAUGUGCGCAUGAAAAUGGAUUUGAAGAAGGUCUGAGUCUGUUGGGACUGGUGUCUGGGCUCUUCAAUGCAAUGUGGUCCCUUGGGGCAUUUACAGGUCCCACUCUAGGAGGAUUUCUAAAUGAAAAACUGGGUUUUGAAUGGGCCUCAGCCAUCCAAGGAGGAUGGGCACUGUUAAGUGGUCUUGCAACUGGAAUAUUCUAUAUCAUUGAGGCAACAAGGAGAAGUUCCAGUUCCAGCCUGCAAAAUCCUCCUAGUGAUAAUGAAGAAAGAACUCAUCUGCUGGGUAGCGAAACAUAGCCAGGCAUACUUUCAAUUCUGUGUUUACUGUUGUGGUUUAACCUAGUGUUCCGAUGAGUGGACUGAACAGCGCUUCAUUAUUCUGGAGCUGGGCUACAUGAUCCCUUAGUGAACAACCAGUUGUGGUUUAGUUGUAUCUGCAUUACUGUUUUGAAAAACUAAACACUGACUGCCUUUCUUUUGGAAGUACUCAUGUAGAUUGGCUGAAGUGAUGAGUAACCCUCAGAUGUCAGCCUGUUUAAUUGUGUUCCACAUACAGUGAACCACUGUAUGCGAAGAGAUGUGUUUUCACGUAUCUGGUUUCUAUACUUGAGCCUUCUGUGCAUUAUUCUUGGGUAAAGCUACUAUUUUGCUACCAUGUUUUUCUGUAUUUUUUUAAAAAAAGUUAAUUAUCUUAUAAUACUUUAACUGAUAACAUAAAAUGUUGAAACAGAACUUGACAUGACAAAACAUUAAGCACAAUAUUGUUUUCAAUAAAGCAACAUUUUU